CUCUCUCUCUCUCUCUCUCUCUCUCUCUCUCUCUGCGCGUGUGUUUGUGUGUGUUUGUUCGUGCGUGUGUGCGCGCGUCUCUCUCUCUGUGUGUGUGUGUGUGUGAGAGAGAGAGAGAGCGAGAGAGCGAGCGAGCGUGUGUGUGUUUGUGUGUGUGAGCGAGUGUAUGCGCGUGCGUGCGCGCGCGCUGUCAUUAUUGCUAUCCAGUCUGCUCCGCGCUCGCGAUGGCCAGAUUCAUUUCGCGUGAGGCAGGAAGGCAGCAGAGCUGUCCCGCUCCCGCUCCGGUUUCCGCUCCUGCUUCCUCACGCGCUCCGGUUCCGGUUCCGUGCAGCCUGUUCGCGCCUGGCCCCGGGGCAGCACCAAGCCCACAGCCGCUCCUCUUCCUGCUCCUCCUCCCCUACCAGCACCAGGUUCUUCCCGAACCCAUGAACGGCUCCGAGUCCAUCUCCAUCCACCCGGAGAACGGCACCAUGAAAGACCAAGACGCGAUCAAACUGUUUAUCGGGCAAAUCCCGCGCAACCUGGAGGAGAAAGACCUGAAGCCACUGUUCGAACAGUUUGGGAAAAUCCACGAACUGACAGUGUUAAAGGACCGAUACACCGGCAUGCACAAAGGUUGCGCAUUCCUCACCUACUGUGCCCGCGAGUCAGCCAUCAAAGCCCAGAAUGCCCUCCAUGAACAGAAGACGCUGCCAGGGAUGACUCGCCCCAUCCAGGUGAAGCCGGCUGACAGCGAGAGUCGUGGAGAAGACAGGAAGCUGUUUGUGGGGAUGCUGAACAAACAACAGACGGAGGAAGAUGUCUAUCGCCUGUUUGAGCCCUAUGGAGUCAUCGAGGAGUGCACAGUGCUAAGAGGUCCUGAUGGGAACAGUAAAGGCUGCGCCUUUGUUAAGUUCUCCACACAUGCUGAAGCUCAGUCUGCAAUCAGUGCGCUGCACGGCAGUCAGACCAUGCCGGGUGCCUCAUCCAGUCUGGUGGUCAAGUUUGCUGACACAGACAAGGAACGCACCAUCCGGCGCAUGCAGCAGAUGGUGGGCCAAUUCGGAAUCUUUAACCCAGCCAUCGCGCUGCCCUUUAGCACGUACAGCAGCUAUGCACAUGCGCUGAUGCAGCAGCAGGCGGCCCUCAUGGCUGCGAGUCACGGUGGAUACCUGACGCCCAGCGUGGCGUUCCCAGCCACCCAGAUCCACCAGAUGGGGGCACUGAACAUCAACAGCCUCCCGCCCACCCCCAUGACCCCGGUGUCGGGUGAGUUUCAUCAGCAUCUGGCAGGCCUUAGCUCACCACCCGCAAACAUCACGUCUUCAGCCGUGCCCAGCAUUGUCACUCCAAUUGUCAACGGCUUCACUGGCAUCCCUCACCAGCCCAACGGCCACCCAGCAGUGGAAACUGUGUAUGCCAACGGCCUGCCCCCUUACUCUACCCAAAGCCCCACUGCUGCAGACACAAUGCAGCAGGCCUUCACUGGGGUGCAACAGUACACAGCAAUCUACCCGGCGACCACACUGACCCCUAUUGGCCAAAGCUUGCCACCACCACAGCAGGUCAUCCAGCAGCAGCAGCAGAGGGAAGGCCCUGAAGGCUGCAACCUCUUCAUCUACCACCUACCACAGGAGUUUGGUGAUAAUGAACUGAUGCAGAUGUUCCUGCCCUUUGGGACGGUCAUCUCCUCUAAGGUGUUCAUGGACAGAGCCACCAACCAGAGCAAGUGCUUCGGCUUUGUGAGCUUCGACAAUCCAACAAGCGCGCAGGCCGCUAUCCAGGCCAUGAACGGCUUUCAGAUUGGCAUGAAGAGGUUGAAAGUGCAGUUAAAACGGCCGAAGGAUGCCAGCCGCCCCUACUGACACAGCCCCAACACACACGGAGCUCUCCUACAGCACAGGUUUUGAAAAGUGAAAUCUCAAAAGGAGCUUGAUUUUUUUUCUUUAAAAAUAAAUAAAACAAGAUAAAAAUAAAAAGAAGAUGAAAGGGUUUUUUUUUUCGAAGACAUAUCAGCAUAUCCUUAUGAAGACGUUCAUCUGAGAGAGAUGCCGGAGGAGCGGCACACUACAGACAAACUACAAGCAGCACAGAGUGAGAAAGUCAAAGCAGGAUCAUGGUGGGAAAUCCCAAAAGACAAGAACUUUUAAGCUACAGAACUUCUCUCGCUAAGACUGAGUCGACAAAUACGCAACAAACAAAAAAAAGAGCAGCAAGAACAACAUAGAUUUCUAUAUACAUAUUAUAUACACGUGCUAUAUUAUGGAAGAGGCGCUUCCAGCUUUUAACGGUACUGGACAAAUGAGGGUUAAAACUUGAAAAUCAAGGAAAAAGGCCGUGGAGGAAAAAAAAUGCUCUUUUUAACCACUGGCAGACCUUUCUCUUUCUCUGUUGUUCUCUUUCAACUGUCUUCAUGUCUCUGAGCAAGCGCAAGACUUUUGGCCUUCUGUGGUCACGGAGGUUUCCAGAGGUACAGUGCAACUGAAAAAUCUUUCACUCCAAGGGACCAAAGGACCAAAAACCUUUUUAUUGUUCGACAGUAAUAUAUAGUAUUAAUGAUGAUACUAAUACUACAAACUACUACUUAAUGAUGUUACAUGUUUGAAAAAAAACAACAAAAAAAAUCUUAAGAUGAAAUACUUGCUUCAGGUUGGAAGAGGAAAGAGAUUUUGAUUUCUUUUCCUUUUACAUUUAUAACUACUGGGUUUCAGAAUAUUUAAACAAAAUAGAAAAAAAGAAGAAGAAAAAAAAGUAUUUUAAAAGCUAUACUAUUUUAGAGGAGUAGUAUAUGUGGAUGGGAGAUUGUUAAGGGCGCGUUCAGUUAUAUUUCAUCAGUAGGGAUUUAAACUCUUUAUCUGGGACGCGUGGCACUGACCCACUGCCUUUCAGCUCCACGUCUGACCUUCACAUUCACUCAGACAUUCAAUUUAAGCACAUGUGCCAGAGAAAUUACACUCACUGACACUUACACUCACUGAACUGGCCAAAAGUUAUAGUAAUAGUUAUACUACUAUACUAGUUAUAGUAUAGUAAUAGUUAUAGUAUAGUAUAUAUAAGUAAACAGACAUUAAAAUAGUGAGUAGUAUCUACAUUUUCUUUGGACAAACCACAUAGGAUAAAAUGCAUCAGCAACACGGUUAAGUAAGUAGUUCAGGCAUUAUGAAAUGCACACAAUUUCCCCAAUUACACAAACAUAAUCUAUCAUUCAGAACUUGUAUUAUUUCUGAAGUUUGCAUCUUUAGUUUUGCACCAACAUUAGACUCCUUGCUCCUUAAAAAUUAAUUCACCCUUUUACUCAAAUUAUAGGACAAAAUGACAAGAUAACAUGUCAGAACUACUCAGCUAGACAAGCUCUUUCCAGUCCUUCCAGUCCUAAAAAGCCCUGCAAGUAAUUGUGAAAGAAAAAUUUAUUUUUUAAAAAUCCAUCCUUUACUUUAUAACCUCUUAAUGUCACAACUUUCUUUCAGUCUUUGAUUCUCAUUUAAGACUAGUGUUAGUGUAUAGUUCCCACUACAACACAAGUAUUGCCUGCAUGUACACGUUCGCUUUGUUUGCCACAGUCUAUUUUCAUGGACAUUGAUUCAAUUUGAAAUUUAAUAUUUUAAUCUAG